UUUGACCACAGAAUAGAUGUACUCGUUCAUCAUUCUUGUUACAGUAUUCGCAAUGAAUACUGCUGUAUUGAAUUUAAGAGACAAGACGCUAGGAUGGGGCUCUUAACAUGCCAACAAUCAAAAUCUAUCCGUAUCAAUGGCGCCAUCCUGAUUGAUUUGAUAGCCAAAACAAAUGCAGAUAAUAUUUACUUGAUUUAUAUGGAUUUUUGGGGA